UACAGUUCCUCAUCCACUUCUCGCUGUAGGAUCGUGUUUCUCUCUCCCUCUCUCCCUCCCUUCCUCUCUCCCUCCCGCCACAGCUUAAUCCCUCGCAUCCUUUACCUGUCCUCUCCUCAUCCCUUCCUUUGUCUUUUUUCUCGCGCCUCACUCACUUGCGACUCCUUUAUUCCGUUCGUUUACUCCUCUACCUCCUCCCUAUCCAUCAUCAGUGUGUCCUCUGUCCCUCCCUUCUUCCUAUCCCUUUUUCUCCUUAUCAUCUUCCUUUCUCUAUUUUUCUUCUCAUGGUUUUCGUUCUUCCUUCUACGGUUUCGUUCUCUUUUUUUCCUUUCCUUGUAACUCCCUAUCUUUCUCUUCCUCUCUCGCUCUUUCUCUCCCUGUGCCCUCCCUCCCCCUCGCCUCCAUCCCCAAACACGCCCGGACAUUAUCUCUCUUGCGCAAUUUGGUUAAGUUUUCUCAUCCCGUUUUAUGAGAGGCAGCUCCAUUCCCCCCCACCUCCCGGCCUCUCUAUCUCCUCUCUCUCCCUCUUCCUCUCACUCUCUAUCUCUAUCUCUUCCCCCUCACACCCCCUUCUCUCCAGUCCGCAUAUCCCCCCACUUUCCAUCUCUCUAUCGUUGCUGUCUGCCAUGCCAUGUCUGCCUGCCCGCCGGCCAUCCUGCCUGCCUGGCUGCCUGCGUGCCAUCCUGCCAUCCUGCCUGCUUGCCAUCCUGCCCGCUUGCCAUCCUGCCCGCCUGCCUGCCUGCCAUCCUGCCUGCCUUCCAUCCUGCCAUCCUGCCUGCCUUCCAUCCUGCCAUCCUGCCUGCCUUCCAUCCUGCCAUCCUGCCUGCCUGCCUGCCUGCCUGCCUGCCUGCCUGCCUGCCUGCCUGCCUGCCAUCCAUCCUGCCUGCCUGCCUGCCCGCCUGCCUGCCUGCCUGGCAGCCUGCCUGCCCGCCUGCCUGCCUGCCUGGCAGCCUGCCUGCCUGCCUGCCUGCCUGCCUGCCUGCCUGCCUGCCUGGCAGCCUGCCUGCCUGCCUGCCUGCCUGCCUGCCUGCCUGCCCUGCCUGCCUGCCUGGCAGCCUGCCUGUCUGCCUGCCUGCCUGCCUGCCUGCCU